AUGGCAUCUACUUCUAGGCACCCAGAACUUGAGAUUACAAAUGCUUUUGAAGGGAUCGCACCAUCUGCAUCUACUUCUGGUAGAUCUACAGACAGAAAGCUGCCAUACGAUGUAUUUAUUAACCAUCGUGGCCCCGAUGUCAAACACACACUCGCAGCCACUCUGUAUAAGACCCUCACUGGCAUGGGAUUGAGGGUUUUUCUUGAUAAAGAAGAGCUUGAGUUGGGGGAUUUCCCGCCUGCGGAAAUAGAAGAAGCGAUGCGCAGUGCUUCGCUUCAUAUAGCUAUACUUUCUCAGAAUUAUGCACAAUCUCCAUGGUGUUUGGCAGAGCUUUCCUUUAUUCUCAAAACGGGCAUCCCAAUUAUUCCAGUUUUCUACCAUGUUGAGCCUGCUGAUAUUCGAUAUGCGACAGGAGUCUAUGCUGGGGCAUUUUCUGAAGAUCAAAAGCAUGUACUGUUGGUUGAGAGGGAUCUCAUGGUGGAUAUAGUCGACAAAUUUAAGCCAAACUUAUGUAGAUGA